ACUUACUCACUUCCGCGUUUAGGAUUUGCCGGCAAACUCUAUCAACAAAUUAAGUUUACUGAACAAAUAAGGGCUUUUGGGUGGCUUCAGCUCUUCUUAUCGUUUCGGCGCUUCAGACUGACCAGCUGCAAAGAUGGGAGACACCGAAAUCGUGCCAAAAUGCAUAUUUGCUGCCUUACCACGAACAGAGCGUGGAAGAGCGAUAGUUAUCUCCCCUGAUCCGAAAAAUAAAAACUACCUGUAUACAAAUGGAAACAGUGUCUAUAUCCGAGAUAUUGAGAACCCAGCGAUUAGUGAUGUCUACACUCAACACCCUGUCCAGGUCUUAGUGGCUAAAUAUGCACCCAGUGGGUUCUAUAUAGCAUCUGGAGAUUCUCGUGGGAAGAUUCGUAUCUGGGACACAACACAGAGGACCCACUUACUGAAGUAUGAGUACCAGCCCUUGGGCGGGUCUAUCCGGGACAUAGCCUGGUCACCUGACAGCAAGCGUAUCGCUGUCGUGGGAGAUGGCAGGGAAAAAUAUGCCAGUGUGUUCUUGUGGGACACAGGGUCGUCUGUGGGAUCAAUGGAGGGUCACUCAAAGCUCAUUAACUCUGUGGACUAUAAACCCACUAGGCCGUACCGAACUGUCACUGCCAGUGAAGACUUCAGACUCUGCUUUUACGAGGGGCCACCCUUCAAAUAUAAACAUUCCAUGUCGGAUCACACAGCGUUUGUCAACUGUGUGAGAUACUCCCCUGACGGAGAGAAGAUCAUCUCAGGUGGCUCAGAUGGCAAGGCUUUUGUGUAUGAUGGGAAGAGUGGAGAACGUGUUGGGGAACUGGGCAGUCCGGCACAUAAAGGAGGCAUAUAUGCUGUGAGUUUCAGCCCAGACAGCAGCCAGGUGCUGACAGCCUCAGGUGACAAAUCUGCCAAGAUCUUUGAUGUGGCCUCAGGGGAAUGCGUUGUGGUUUUUCCAAUGGGCACAGAUCUGGAGUAUCAGCAGCUGGGGUGCUUGUGGCAGGGGGAGUACAUGCUGACUGUGUCACUGAAUGGUCAGAUCAACUACCUGGACAGGAACAACCCCUCAAAGCCCCUCAGAGUCAUCAAGGGUCACAGCAAGCCUAUCACAGCCAUGUGUAUCCCAGAGGACAAGUCAACCAUCUACACUGCCAGCAGUGAUGCUCUCAUCAAUUACUGGGACCCAGUGACCGGAGAGUGUGAGAGCAUAAAGGGCAAAGGUCACAGUAACCAGGUACAGGAUAUGGUCAUCUCAGACGGGGUUCUCAUCACUGUCUCCAUGGACGACACAAUUCGCUUCACGCAGGUUGAUACCAAAGAAUACGGAACUGACCAGGUGAAACUGGACUCUCAGCCAAAGGCCGUAGCAGCAGCAGAAGGUGGGCUGGCUGUGGUUGCAUGUAUCAGUGAGGUUGUAGUUUUCCAAAACAAAAGGAAGGUGUUUACCCAAAAGGUGCCUUAUGAGCCAUCCAGUGUGGCGAUUCACCCUGGCAAGACAGAAGUGGUAGUAGGGGGUGGUCAGAAGGAUAUGGCUAUCCAUGUGUAUGAGUUGAACAACAACACCCUGGUGGAGAAAACUGACGUGGAGUUGAAGAUGGGAGGUCAGAUAACCGAUCUGAAGUAUUCACCUGACGGUGCUUACCUGGCUAGCUGUGAUACCAACAGACGCCUCACUGUCUUCAAGAUGCCUUCCUAUGAGCAAUUUUACCAGGGCACUCAUCACACGGCUCGCAUCAACAGUGUGGCCUGGACCUCUGACUCGGCCCAUCUAGUCACUGGCAGUCUGGACACUAACAUUAUAGUGUGGAACAUGAGCAAGAUGGCCUCUCCAUAUGUCAUUAGAAGUGCUCACCUACAGAGUAACAUAACCCGUGUGGCCUGGAUAACGGAUAACACAGUGGUGUCCGUGGCUCAGGAUAGCACUGUGCGUCAGUGGGACAUAGCCCACUAAACCCAGCACCAUUACAAGCUGACUCUCCAGACAAUAGCCUUAUUUCUAACACUAAUAGUAACCUUGAACCAAUUUAUAAAGUAAUCAAGGCUUGUCUCAACUCUCCAUAAUCAUGACCUCACCCUUUUCUGCCAAUCUCUGAUAUACGGCAUGCUAUGUUUUGGGGGUUUUAGCUUUUCAAAUUAGUGAAAGAAAUUUCAUGAGUUAAAAGUUGAUAAUAUUUCUGAGAUCUCAUAUUUACUGAUUUGUGUCUGGUUAGUUUUUUUCAUUGAAAUAAAUGCAAAUGGAACAUGUUCACAUUAGAAAAACAUGCUUCUGGAGUCUUUCAGACCUGUUCAAAGGGUAGAUAUGCAAAUGUUGCCUAGAUUAAUUUAAAAGCAGUUGAGUUUGGGCUGAUAACCUAAAUGAAUUGCUGAAGAGCAGUAGUAUGACUGAAAAUCGAAUAUAAAAUGUAUUGCUAUUUAAUCAACUUGUUUAGUCUAUGAUAGCUUUGUGCAAUCAGAUCUUGGUAUACCGACACUUCAGCACUCGAAUUUCAGGCAAAGGGAAGUUCUCCAUUACCACGUUGUACCAUGUAAAUUUUUAAGGUUUUAUAGGUUUAGGACGAUCACAUACUGUUUCCUGCAGUAUCACCAACAGGAUUUGGCCAGAAAAUGUCAUAUAAGUGCCCCAGCUAAUACAUCUGCUUCCGUAUCUUUUUUUGUAAAUUUUAUUACUGUGUAUAUACAAAUAUAUAUAUGGAGACUUAGCUGCCUGAUGAACUUGUACAUUUAUGUAUGGUUUAUAUAGAGGAGCUGGUGAUGAUUGUACCCGGAUACAUGUUUAGAUAUAAGCACUACUGUGUUUUCAGCUGCAGGGUUAGUAGUUAUUUGUUGCUAUUAAAUAGUAUAUGCAUUUUCAACUGUAUUUAUUUCCGAAAUUUCCUGUAUCAUGAUUAUGAUUGAUUUGUAUACAAAUGUAAAUGGUUGAAGACCACCAUACUGGUUUUAUGUACACAGUUGUAUGCAUGAGGAAGAUCUAGGCGUAGUGGUUAACAAGCUAAUUUAGUAUGGAUUAAUUUGGGUCAUCACUGAAAAAUGGCAGUUAAGGACAAAAUGAAUUGCUGCAACUUCAUCCUCCUUGUAGUGGGAGGUGUAAAAGUUUUCGAUAUGCAGUAGACAUGACAGGAGGAUGUUUGAUCAAACGCUGUGUUUAAUUGCAUUCUUCAUCAUCUGUAGUGUAAAGAUCGAAUGUUCAGGAAAUCAGACAAAUGUUCAAGUUUUAAUUUGCUAACAAGUGUUAAAUGUUGAACACGUUUUAUUGCUCUUUUUAUAAAAGUAAGACAAAAUUCAUGCUGAGCCUCAUCUUCACAAUCUGGGCUGCCAGCACCCCAUUUCAUGCUGCACAGGUGAUGGUGUACACGUGUGAUAACUAUUGCUAUCAGGAUUGUAGACAUAAGUUUAGCUUCAGUGAACUUUGUUCAAGGUUUCUGGGAUGUCUAAAUGGGGCUAACCAGCCAUCUGCAGGGGGAAGCAAAUCUUAUAACUGAUGGGACAGCCAUGCCCUCUGCUUACCUGAAUAACAAUAUCAAGUGAUUCAUGAUCAUUGAAUUGUUAUUGAAAUACUAGGCAAUAACUUAUUUAAGUAGGCAGAGGGCAUUGCAAUCCCAGCAGUUACUACCCUUUUUCUCCUUGAUUUGUCUUCCUUUUCAGAGGGCUGGUGAGCCCAAUUUAAGUUCCAGUCUGUCUAAGUACAUGUAUGCUGGGGGUUAUUAUGCUAUUAAGGCUGUUUUAAUAGUGUAACAGAGAGCACACAAACGUCCACAAAGCUUCAUAAAAAACACAUGGAACUCGCUGUAUUUUUAUACAAAAUAAACCAAGACCUUUAAUACA